AUGGCAACCGAAUCAUCGAUCGUCCGCUUCACCAACGGUCUACUGGCCUGCUGCGGCAAGGCCAAGCGGGAGGACUUGUUCAUUGAUACCAGCACAGGAAAGAUCAUUGAUAAAACCGAUCCUCGCGUUGACAAGGCUUUGGUCGUUGACUUGGCCGGUCGCAUCCUCUCGCCAGGCCUAUUGGAGGUUCAGCUCAACGGAGCCAAGGGUGUUGACUUUUCCGAUGUUCCCGUGGAUAACAUCGAGUCUUAUGCUUCCUCGUUCCGGAGAGCAUCCCGAGGAAUCCUUGAAAUGGGUGUGACGAGCUUCCUUCCGACACUGGUGACUUCUGACGCUCAAACCUAUCGGCUUAGCAUUCGAGACCUUUACGGACAGGAGAGCCUCGCAGCCCCCAUUCCCGCAAUCAGAAAGAUCACCCUGGCACCUGAGCUUCCAGGGAUGCUAGAGACCAUCCGCGCCUUGACGCACGAGUACGGAAUCAUCUGCUCACUGGGCCACUCGCCGGCUACAUACGAGCAAGGUCUGGCCGGCGUCCGGGCCGGCGCCACGAUGCUCACACACCUGUACAAUGCGAUGGAACCUUGCCUGCAUCGUAGUCCUGGGCUCGUCGGGCUGAUCGGUGCGCCCGAGACGGACCUUGCAGCUCCGCCCAGGGAGCGGCCCUUCUUUGGACUCAUCGCAGACGGCAUUCAUGUCGCGCCUAGUUGCGUGAGGAUGGCUUGGGCGGUGCACAGGGAGGGCUGCAUCCUCACCACGGACGGCACCGCGGCGACCGGGUUUGAUCUUCCAGAUGGAACCUACGAGUGGACGCUACAACGUAAGGUAGUCAAGAAGGGGGAGAAGCUCUUUCUCGAAGGGUCGGAUACGAUCGCUGGCGGGUAA